GUUUCGUGGGAUAUUUGUAAUUUAAAAAAAAAAAUUGAUCAAAAAUUGUAAGAUCGAGUCAAAAGGGAAAUAAGAAGUGAAAAUGAAAUGGAAUAUAUUACAAGUAUUGAUUUUGUGUGCUUGCUUUGGACAGAUACAGUUAUGGUCAAAUGAACUUCCGGAAGUUAUGAAAAAUGAACUGAAAAAUUUGAAAGAAUCCAUGAUGCAUGGAAUCUACAAUAUCAGCGAGAAAUUCGUUGAUGAUUUUAUACACAUUAUUGAAAUGAAUCGCGGCGAUCUUAAUGAAUACUUAUUUGAUGGUUUAAUAUCAGCGUUUUAUAAACGAAAAAACGCAAGAAUAGAUGCUGAAUUCAUACAAAGACUUCAGUGCACUUAUUGUGAACUGGAUCUUGUGAAAAUGGACAGUGUAAAAAUACUUCAGUCGGUUUAUUCAAAGCGAAUGGCACCAGAACAAUACAAUGGUCUAAUUAACCUGUUCUAUGUGUUUAAAUAUGAUAAUGCAACAUUAGCACAAAUAGAAAGUGCACUGAACUAUGUGUACGGAAUUGACAAUGCUGCGACCAAAACAUCAUUUCUUAAUCCUCUUGAUUUUCCUGAUCCAAGCGCAAAAGAUUGUCCAGAUAGAGACCAAAUGUACACAGAUUUAAUUGAUAAAUUGAAAUUGACGAUUGAUCUGAGAACAAAAGUUCUUGAAGAUAUCACUGCUAUUCGAGAGAAGUUCCCCUGCAACAUAAUGGUGCGGAAUGGCGUAAAUAACUUUAUGAAUGUGAUUGACCAUUUGAAUGGUGAUAGCUUAAAAAUUGGUGCAUGUUUGUUAAAAGAAAAUCCAGGAAAUUGGGCAGGCAAAUGGAAUCGAUCAAAUACCAUGCCUUCAAAAGAUUACAUGGAAUACCUAAUUGAAGGAUUUGAAACUGUAUUGUUUACACGAUUGUCGGAUGAAACUACUCAUGGUAUAAUUAAUUUGCUAAAAGCCAAUAUUCCCGGCACGCCAAUCGAUGAAAUUGAAAAGGCUCUUGAAUAUUUAUACGAUGAUGUCCCUCGCACCAAGUGCACAUAGUUCAAUGCUCAAAAUUCGAUUUCGAAAACUGAAUAACAGAUUUUUUACAAAUGAUUAGAAUUUCUAAUAUUUAAGACUUUUCCGCAAUGAAUUUGUGGUGGAUUUUAAAUGAAUGAAAUAAUGAAUAUUUGGAAAAUAA